UAUGACGUUGGUUAAUGUCUCAUGCUGCGUGGGUAUGGUGGGUACCUUUUGACAAUUCACAUUUAAGAGUUGAAUGUUGACACAUUUACGUGGGUUAUGGUGUUUUCCCUGCUACAUCUCUUUAUGCAGCCUUCGAAUUAUACAUACUGACUUACUAAUAAAUUUUUUAUUAUACCAAUAAACACCAGAACAUUUGCUAAAGUAAAAAGUAUUGUAGAAGCAAAGUUUAAAUAAACGGGUCAGCUAUGAUGAGUUUACGUGACAGGCAAAUAAAUGCCUUAAAACAAAUGUUAAAUUUAAAUCAACCUGAGCAAAAAUUGGAAGAAGCUGUACCAACAUGGAAAGUUUUAAUUUACGACCGACUUGGACAGGACAUUAUUUCACCACUAAUAUCUGUGAAAGAGCUCAGGGAGCUUGGUAUCACGCUCCAUAUGCAGUUGCAUUCUGACAGAGAUUCCAUUCCUGAAGUACCAGCAAUUUAUUUCUGUGCACCAACGGAUGAAAAUCUUGGUAGGAUUGGCCAAGAUCUACAAAAUGAUUUAUAUGACAUGUAUCAUUUAAAUUUUAUAUCACCAAUAUCUCGGCAGAAAAUGGAGGAUUUAGCAGCUGCUGCAUUAUUUGGUGGUGUGGUAUCCAAUAUCCACAAAGUAUUUGAUCAAUAUUUAAAUUUUAUAUCAUUAGAGGAUGAUUUCUUCAUUCUUAGGCAUCAAAAUAGUGAUGUGAUAUCAUAUCAUGCAAUUAAUCGGGGAGAAGUAAAAGACACUGAAAUGGAAUCUGUCAUGGAAAUUAUAGUUGAUUGUUUAUUCUCUGUGUUUGUCACAUUGGGAACUGUUCCAAUUAUAAGGUGUCCAAGGGGAAAUGCUGCUGAAAUGGUUGCUAAAAUGAUAGAUAAGAAGUUAAGAGAGAAUGUCUGGGAUACAAGAAAUAAUCUGUUCGAAGGAGAGGCAACUGGUCAUUACAGUUUUCAAAGACCACUUCUUAUUCUAUUAGAUCGUAAUGUAGAUAUGGCUACACCAUUGCAUCAUACAUGGACAUAUCAAGCAUUGGCACAUGAUGUAUUGGAGAUGGCAUUAAACAGACUUGUAGUUGAGGAGAAUGUGGGAAAGUCUCCUGCAGGUGGAACACGUUCAAAGACUAGAGCUUAUGAACUAGACAAUAAAGACAGAUUUUGGUGUCAACAUAAAGGCAGUCCAUUCCCUAGAGUAGCUGAAGCUAUACAGGAAGAAUUGGAACAAUAUCGUACUUUUGAUGAGGAUGUAAAAAAACUGAAAUCUUCUAUGGGUAUUGAAAAUGAUAGCGAUGCAGCUGUAUCAAUGGUUUCCAGUAAUACAGCACGUCUGACAACUGCUGUAAAUUCUCUACCGCAACUUUUAGAAAUGAAACGAUUGAUAGAUAUGCAUACAUCAAUUGCUACUGGUAUUUUAAAUUCUAUAAAGUCGCGAAGAUUGGAUACAUUCUUUGAAUUAGAAGAGAAAAUUAUGAGCAAACAAACAUUGGAUAGAAGUGUAUAUGAGACAAUAAGUGAUCCAGAUUGUGGUACACCUGAGGAUAAAUUGCGUCUCGCUAUUAUAUACUAUAUUUGUACAAAUGUGUCUGAUGCUGAUUACAGCAAACUGGAGGCAGCAUUGUCUGCUGCUGGAUGUGAUCUAAGUCCCUUAAUUUAUAUAAAAAGAUUGAGAAGUUACACCAGAAUAGCAGAAAUCCAAAAUUCUUAUGAAGGUGGUGGAACUAAAACAGUUAGUAUGUUUUCAAAGCUCAUGAAUCAGGGAUCAUCUUUUGUAAUGGAGGGAGUAAAGAAUUUAGUUGUUAAAAAACAUAAUUUACCAGUUACAAAAAUAGUGGAUGAAUUAAUGGAAUCUAGGCAAUCUUCUCAAACAGACGAUUACUGUUACCUAGAUCCAAAGCAAUUGAAACAUACAGAACAAAUGCCAAAGAAUAGACCAACAUUCCAAGAUGUCAUUGUUUUUAUUGUUGGCGGGGGCAAUUAUAUAGAAUAUCAAAACUUAGUGGAUUACGUGAAACAGAAAAGUGGAACAGGUGUUAAUAAACGAAUCACAUAUGGUUCAACAACAUUUAUUAAUGCAAAACAACUGCUUAAACAGCUUUCACUUCUGGGACAAGAAGUACAUCCAUAA